AUGCACCGCCACUCCGAACACUCCACACAAGAAGAGCACCCAACAAAGCGUCUGCGUGCAGAUUUGCAGAGCAAUACAGAGAACGACUUAUCUCUUCUGCCUUUUGACUUCUUUGAUGCUCCUGAGAGUGCUGCUGCGCCGUCCUGUGAUACACCGCCGGCAUCACCGCCUUCGUCGCCCUCGAAAUGGGCCAAAGAACGCGUUUUCGAUGACUCGUGCGACCAGUCCGCAUACGAUUUACGCGCUGAGCACCUUGCAGAGCGUGUAAAGCAAGCAAAAGACGCAGCAGAGGCCAAAUCCCGCGCAUAUACUCCGCAAACACCCACAGAAACACAUAUAUAUGCGCCAGAAAACGCGGAGGAACACACGGGUGUCCGAAAGGCAAUGAGCUGCUGUGUAUACUGUACGCACAGUACGUGUUCUGUGCGGUCUGCAGUUUCGCGCAUAUAUAGCGCAGCAGGAGAAACGCCCAAGUGGUGGGCGCAUUUUGAGCUCGGCGUGGCACUUGCACUGUAUACAUGGCCGGUGCUUGCAACGGCAGUUGCAGCAGAGUGGGGCGGUCCGGACAGUGCAGCAAAGCGUGAGUGGAUUGGAGGAGUGGUUGCAGACAUGGUUGAAGGCGAUGCAGCAACAACAGAAGAUCAAUUGGAACUUUUACUUUUGCAGAUAAUGGAGGACGAGUUCUCGGUUAUCAUUGAUGAUGGCUCAGCAGCAGCAGUUGCAGCACAAAUUAUACAGCUGCGUCGUACAUGUGAAGCAGGAGACACACAACACGUUAUACAGUGGUAUGAGCGGUGGCAGAGACAGCCAACAGUGGCACAAGUACCGCCAGCCAAUGAGAGUGAUUCGGGAGAUGAUUGCACAAAUUAA